AUGCCAGACAAGAGGGGAUUGAAGGCCGCACUUGGUACCUCCGAAGUGACGAGGGCUGGGGGAGACCUCGGUAAGAGUUUGCUGGCAGAGUUCAUCGGUGUCUUCUUCAUCAACUACUUCGGCUGCAUGUCCUGCAUCAACGUGGGAAGUCAUGACCCCAAGAGCCUUGUCUUAAUAGCGCUUACCUUCGGCUUCGUUGUCAUGAUAGCUGUUCAGUCUCUUGGACAUGUAAGUGGAGCUCAUUUGAAUCCAGCAGUGACCUGUGGAGCACUUGUAGUAGGAAAAGUAACCAUCAUCAGAGCAGCGCUAUAUAUUGUUGCACAGUGUUUGGGCGGGAUAGCUGGAACUGGAGUGUUAAAGGCAGUGACUCCUACAGAAUUCCAACAAACAUUGGGGUCCACAUUAGUGAGUGAGCCUCUAACAAUACCGCAAGCAAUCGCUGUGGAAUUCCUUCUAGGAUUUGUUUUGAUAUUUGUGGUAUUUGGUGUCACUGACCCUAACAAACCUGAAGCAAAAAUUCCAGCUCCUCUUGCCAUUGGUCUCGCUGUAGUUAUUGGUCAUUUAUCUUCGAUUCAAUAUACCGGCUCCAGCAUGAAUCCAGCAAGGAGUCUUGGAUCAGCCAUUGCUUCAAAUAAUUGGGCUAAUCAUUGGGUUUAUUGGCUUGGACCUUGCCUGGGAGGCAUUGCAGCUGCUUUACUUUAUACCUUUGUAUUCGCCGCACCUCCAAUAACCACUCAGUACUCUCCAGUGCAGAUGAAAAGGUUGGAUGGAAAAGAAGAAGAAAAUGCCUGA